GCGCCUGCAGACAGUGCGCUCACCUGCCAGACUGCGCGCCAUGGGGCAACCCGGGAACGGCAGCGCCUUCUUGCUGGCACCCAACGGAAGCCAUGCGCCGGACCACGAUGUCACGCAGGAACGGGACGAGGCGUGGGUGGUGGGCAUGGGCAUCGUCAUGUCUCUCAUCGUCCUGGCCAUCGUGUUUGGCAAUGUGCUGGUCAUCACAGCCAUUGCCAAGUUCGAGCGUCUGCAGACGGUCACCAACUACUUCAUCACUUCACUGGCCUGUGCUGACUUAGUCAUGGGCUUGGCAGUGGUGCCCUUUGGGGCCGCCCAUAUUCUCAUGAAAAUGUGGACUUUUGGCAACUUCUGGUGCGAGUUUUGGACUUCCAUUGAUGUGCUGUGCGUCACAGCCAGCAUUGAGACCCUGUGCGUGAUCGCAGUGGAUCGCUACUUUGCCAUUACUUCACCCUUCAAGUAUCAGAGCCUGCUGACCAAGAAUAAGGCCCGGGUGAUCAUUCUGAUGGUGUGGAUCGUGUCAGGCCUUACCUCCUUCUUGCCCAUUCAGAUGCACUGGUACCGGGCCACCCACCAGGAAGCCAUCAACUGCUAUGCCAAGGAGACCUGCUGUGACUUCUUCACGAACCAAGCCUAUGCCAUUGCCUCCUCCAUCGUGUCCUUCUACGUUCCCCUGGUGAUCAUGGUCUUCGUCUACUCCAGGGUCUUUCAGGAGGCCAAAAGGCAGCUCCAGAAGAUUGACAAAUCUGAGGGCCGCUUCCAUGCCCAGAACCUUAGCCAGGUGGAGCAGGAUGGGCGGACAGGGCAUGGACUCCGCAGAUCUUCCAAGUUCUGCUUGAAGGAGCACAAAGCCCUCAAGACGUUAGGCAUCAUCAUGGGCACUUUCACCCUCUGCUGGCUGCCCUUCUUCAUCGUUAACAUUGUGCAUGUGAUCCAGGAUAACCUCAUCCCUAAGGAAGUUUACAUCCUCCUAAAUUGGGUGGGCUAUGUCAAUUCUGGUUUCAAUCCCCUUAUCUACUGCCGGAGCCCAGAUUUCAGGAUUGCCUUCCAGGAGCUUCUGUGUCUGCGCAGGUCUUCUUUGAAGGCCUGUGGGAAUGGCUACUCCAGCAACAGCAAUGGCAACACAGGGGAGCAGAGUGGAUAUCACCUGGAACAGGAGAAAGAAAAUAAACUGCUGUGUGAAGACCUCCCAGGCACGGAAGACUUUGUGGGCCAUCAAGGUACUGUGCCUAGCGAUAACAUUGAUUCACAAGGGAGGAGUUGUAGUACAAAUGACUCACUGCUGUAAAGCAGUUUUUCUACUUUUUAAGACCACCCCCC